CGGUCAACUCCUCCAUCUUCAUCAAUUAUUACCUUAUUCCUUGUCUUACGAGGACAGCAACAAAAUUGUUGGAUGGUUUCAUUUGCGUACAGUAAGAAUUUUGAUAAAAAUUUGUUGUUUGUCUUCUUUCGUUUGUUUUUUAGAUUUUUGGGAUUACUUUUUUGGUCUUCAGCUGCUGCCAGCUCGUUCGACUUUCUACUCCCUUUUCUCGUUUUUUUUCUUUUUUUUAGAAAUAAAUAAAAUAAAACUCACCUUCUAUUUUUAUCGCGUCUCUGUUUGCCCUUUUGCCCCUUUUCGCGAGAUCCCAUGAUUCGAGGUUUAUGUACGAAUCGGGGGUUUUGAUUUUCGAUUUGUUGGGCAAAUUUUGUUGUGGGGAUUACGAUUUCUGGAAGCAACGAGUUCUUCGUGUUGGGUUUUCAUUUCAGGUAAUCGGUUUCCAUGGCUGGCAAUGGGAACUUGGACGGGAACUCCGACAACGGCGGCCCGCCGGAGGACAGCUACCAUUUCGAAAGGCUUCGAAUCGAGCCGAUUUACGACUCGUUUAUAUGCCCAUUGACGAAGCAAGUGAUGCGGGAUCCUGUUUCAUUAGAAAAUGGGCAGACAUUCGAACGAGAGGCAAUCGAGAAAUGGUUCCGGGAGUGCCGGGAGAGCGGCAGGCGCGUCGUCUGCCCGAUGACGUUGAGGGAGUUGAGAAGUACGGAGCUGAACCCGAGCAUUGCUCUCCGGAACACGAUCGAAGAAUGGCACGCAAGGAACGAAGCAGCGCAGCUCGAUAUGGCUCGGAGAUCGUUAUCUGUAGGAUGCGCCGAGAACGACACGGUGCAGUCCUUGAAGUUUGUUCAGCAUCUCUGCCUCAAGAACAAGUCGAAUAAGCAUGUGAUUCGCAAUGCAGAGCUGAUGCCUAUGAUCGUCGAUGUGCUGAGGAGUAGCAGCCGGAAAGUGCGUUGUAUGGCUCUCGAGACGCUCCGUUUUGUCGUGGAGGACGACUCCGAUAAUAAGGAAAUUAUGGCGGAAGGGGACACCGUUCGGACGAUAGUGAAGUUCUUGUCUCACGAGCAGUCGAAAGAGAGGGAAGAGGCGGUUUCGUUGCUGUAUGAGCUCUCGAAGUCGGAAAAGCUCUGCGAAAAGAUCGGUUCUAUCAAUGGCGCCAUUCUCAUUUUCGUAGGAAUGGCGAGCAGCAACUCGGAGAACCUUUUAACCGUCGAAAAAGCCGUCCAAACCCUCGAAAAUCUGGCGCAGUGCGAAAACAACGUACGACAAAUGGCCGAAUGCGGCAGAUUGCAGCCUCUUCUCCGACUACUGCUCGAAGGAUCUCAAGAGACGAAGCUGUCCAUGGCUGCGACGCUUGGCGGGCUGGUUUUAAACAGCGACGUGAAAGUUUUCGUGGCGAAAUCUGCCGGCGUUUCCCUCAUCAAUCUCAUGAAGAGCAACGACAUGAAAUCCCGGGAGCCGGCACUUAAAGCUCUUAACCAAAUCUCGUCGGACGAGGCGAGCGCGAAGGUUUUGAUCGAGGCGGGGAUCCUUCCCCCUCUAGUGAAGGAUCUGUUCACCGUCGGGACGAAACAGCUCACAAUGCAGCUGAAAGAAGUCGCGGCUACGAUCCUCGCCAACGUUGUUAACUCCGGCCACGACUUCGAUUUGAUUCCAGUCGGAUCCGACCACCAAACGCUCGUCUCCGAGGAGAUCAUCCACAACCUUCUGCAUCUAAUCAGCAACACCGGCCCGUCGAUAGAGUGCAAGCUCAUCCAAGUCCUCGUCGGGCUCACGGGUUCCCCUUCCACCGUAUCUAGUGUCGUCUCGGCAAUCAGAAGCUCCGGCGCUACCAUCAGUUUGGUUCAGUUCAUCGAGGCGCCGCAGAGGGAUCUGCGGCUGGCUUCGAUAAAGCUUCUCCAAAACCUCGCGCCUCACAUGGGACAGGAACUCGCCGGCUGCCUGCGCGGCGCAUCGGGCCAGCUCGGAAGCUUAAUAAAGGUGAUCUCCGAAAACGGUGGAAUAUCCGAGGAGCAAGCUUCCGCAGUCGGGCUGUUGGCUGAUCUUCCGGAGAGGGACGCCGGCCUGACUCGGCAGCUGCUGGAGGAAGGAGCCUUCCAGAUGUUUAUUUCCCGAAUAGUUCGAAUCCGGCAAGGCGAGACGAGAGGCAGCCGUUUCAUGACGCCGUAUUUAGAAGGGCUCGUGAAGGUGCUCGCGAGAGUCACCUUCGCGGACCUCUCCGGCGGCGGCACCGCCCUCGACCUCUGCCGGCAGCACAACCUCGCGGCGCUAUUCAUCCAUCUCCUGCAGGCGAAUGGGCUGGACAAUGUACAGAUGGUAUCCGCCAUGGCGCUGGAGAAUCUAUCUCAGGAAUCGAAGAAUCUGACGAGGCUGCCGGAGAUUCCUCCGGCCGGAUUCUGCGCCGCCAUUUUUCCCUGCUUAAGCAAGCCUCCGGUCAUAAGCGGCCUGUGCAAGGUCCACCAGGGGACGUGCUCCCUGAAGGAAACGUUCUGUCUCCUGGAAGGGCACGCCGUCGAUCGAUUGGUCGCCCUUUUGGACCACAACAACGAGGCGGUGGUGGAAGCCGCCCUGGCGGCGCUGUCGACGCUACUGGACGACGGCGUGGACGUCGACGAAGGCGUUCUGGCAUUGCACGAUGCAGAAGGUAUCCGACCGAUCCUCGACGUGCUACUGGAGAAGCGUACCGAUAGCUUGCGGAGGAGGGCCGUGUGGACAGUAGAAAGGCUUUUGAGAAACCCCGACAUCGCCAUUGAGGUUUCCAGCGACCCGAGCAUCAGCACGGCGCUCGUCGAUUCUUUCCAACACGGCGAUUAUAUUACACGACAGAUUGCCGAGCGGGCUUUGAGACAUGUUGAUAAAAUCCCCAAUUUCUCUGGUAUCUUUCCGAAUAUAGGAUGAUUUGCUACAUUCGUACAGUAAUCUGUAAUGUCUUUUUCUUCUUGUUGUCUUCUCCUGGAGCUGUAGAUACGUACAAUAUGUAUACGUAUAUUCAAUUUGUUAUUGGGCCUGGGUAUUUUUUUA